AUGGCGAGAAAGCUUUUUCUUGAUCUUAGGGCCCUGAUGUACUUUGAGGGAAUGUAUGAGGAGGUGGAGAAAGGAGUGUGGCUUCGAAGAAUCUUAAAUCGUUUCUCCAAAGAUAUUGGCCACCUGGAUGACUUGCUUCCACUGACGUUUCUGGACUUUGUGCAGACUCUCCUACAGAUUUUUGGUGUGGUGGCUGUGGCUGUGGCAGUGAUUCCUUGGAUACUCAUCCCCUUAAUUCCACUAUUUAUUCUUUUUAUUUUUCUUCGACGAUAUUUCUUAGACACUUCAAGAGAUAUUAAACGUCUAGAAUCCACAACUCGAAGUCCAGUGUUCUCCCACUUGUCAUCAUCCCUCCAGGGACUUUGGACUAUUCGAGCUUUGAAAGCAGAGGAAAGAUUUCAAAAAUUAUUUGAUGCACACCAAGACCUCCACUCAGAGGCCUGGUUUCUAUUUUUGACGACCUCGAGGUGGUUUGCUGUGCGUCUGGAUGCCAUCUGUGCCAUUUUUGUUAUAGUGGUCUCUUUUGGUUCUUUGCUUCUUGCCAACACUUUGAAUGCAGGGCAGGUUGGUUUGGCACUAUCCUAUGCAAUCACCCUCAUGGGAACGUUCCAGUGGGGUGUUCGACAAAGUGCUGAAGUUGAAAACCUGAUGAUAUCAGUAGAAAGAGUAAUGGAAUACACAGAACUUGAAAAAGAAGCUCCUUGGGAGACCAACAAGCAUCCACCACCUGAAUGGCCAAGCCAAGGAAUGAUAGCAUUUGAAAACGUUAACUUCGCUUACAGUUUAGAUGGACCUUUGGUGUUGAGACACUUGUCUGUUGUAAUUAAACCAAAAGAAAAGGUUGGAAUAGUAGGAAGAACUGGAGCUGGGAAAAGCUCCCUGAUAGCAGCCCUCUUUCGCUUGGCGGAACCCGAAGGGAAGAUUUGGAUUGAUAAGUACCUGACAUCAGAGCUAGGACUCCAUGACUUGCGGAAGAAAAUUUCGAUUAUACCUCAGGAGCCUGUUUUAUUCACUGGAACUAUGAGGAAAAACUUAGACCCUUUCAAUGAAUACACCGAUGAAGAACUGUGGAAUGCUUUGGAAGAGGUGCAACUGAAGGAGGUUGUGGAAGAGCUACCUGAUAAAAUGGAGAUGCAGCUGGCAGAAUCUGGGUCUAAUUUUAGUGUUGGUCAGAGACAGCUGGUGUGUCUUGCCAGAGCAGUUCUAAAAAAAAAUCGGAUCCUUAUCAUUGAUGAAGCAACAGCAAAUGUGGACCCAAGAACAGAUGAGUUCAUUCAGAAGACGAUUCGUGAAAAGUUUGCUCACUGCACAGUGCUGACAAUUGCACACCGCUUGAACACUAUUAUUGACAGUGACAGGAUUAUGGUUUUAGAUGCAGGAAGACUGAAAGAGUAUGGUGAGCCUUACAUUUUGCUGCAAGAACAAGAUGGCUUGUUUUACAAAAUGGUCCAGCAAGUGGGCAAGACUGAAGCGGCUUCUCUGAUUGAAACAGCAAAACGG